UGACUCACGUCUGUCCCGGAUUGCUGCGCGCGCUGAUUAAGCUUUAUGCGGCCUGUAAAAAUAAGAGAGAUAAAAACUGAAGCAACCGAACCAGCUUCACUCACCUGGCACGAUUACAACGACGCUCGCCCGCGACCAACCAUUAAAUACCCAAAUGGCCAAUUCGAUUACGCUUUACUCUAACCAGUCGACAGCUACGAUUCGAGCCAACGUCACGGUCUCAAUUACUGAAUUGACCAAAUUCCCCCCGUAUGCCCACUUAUAGCUCCGUUCCCGCUCCCGCUCCCGCUCCCGCUCCCUUCAGCCGGGGACAUGAUUAAGACGCCGAGUGCCUGCCGAGCAGCGGGGCCGUGUGCUUUUGGUUCGUCUGCGUCUGCCAUGUUGGCUGUCUUUUUUUUUUCAAACUCGCUCUCAAUAUACACUUGCCCGACAGGCACUCAAAUUGUGAAUUCUCUCGCCUGCUCUACGCCUAGGCUCAAUUUCCACCGAGGAAUCUUGGAUUCGGCGAACAGUGUGAAACACGUCUCAAAUGAUUUUUCGUGUAGAUCGAACAUUGCCAACAAGGAGGCAUGGAUAACAAGAGUUUUUUCCACACAUGCGAGUCAAAUUUCCCGAAACAUAAGUUGGCACGCCAGCGACUGUGCAUUCAGCAACAAUAACAAAACAUCUGCUGCCAUAGCAAUGUGAGAGAGCGAGCGAGAGAGAGAGAGAGAGAUGUCAGAAGCAUGCGCUCGCUGCGUUAACAUAAAAGACAGCUGUUAUCAAUUGGCACGUGGCGCCUCCUGUUAAGCGAGCUGGCAAUAACAUUUAUCGAACGACAACUGUUAUCGAACGGCAUUUGGCGCGCCAAGU